UACCGCGGCUCCUCCACCUCCCUCGGCGCCGGUGGCGGCCGGGGCCCGAGCCCGGCUCCCCUCUCCGCCACCCCGCGCGCCCCCAGUUCCCCCGGCGCCGCGGGGAACAUGCGGCUCCGCUCCCGGAGACUGGCUAGUGAGUGACCCCCGUCCCCCGCCUCAGCCCGCCCGCCGGCCCGGCCGCUCCCCCCCGCCUCGCCCAGGCAAUGACAGCGGCUCCGGCGUCUCCGCAGCAGAUGAGGGACCGGCUGCUGCAGGCCAUCGACUCCCAGAGCAACAUCCGGAACAUGGUGGCAGUGUUGGAAGUCAUCUCCAGCCUGGAGAGAUACCCCAUUACCAAAGAGGCACUGGAGGAGACGCGACUUGGGAAGCUUGUUAAUGACGUCCGCAAGAAAACCAAGAAUGAGGAGCUCGCCAAGCGGGCCAAGAAGCUGCUUCGAAGCUGGCAGAAACUCAUCGAGCCGGUGCAGCAGAAUGAGGCGGCCCUGCGUGGGGCCAACGGGGGUGCUCAUAACUGCCGACCAGAGGGUGGGGCUAGUGUGCCCAAAGGCAUUCCCGACCUCAAGCACCGCAAUGACCUCCAGAGGCUGCCAGGGCCACGGCUGGACAGGCUAGGAAGCCGCAAGCGCCGAGGGGACCAGCGUGACCUUGGCCACCCUGGCCCACCUCCCAAGGUCUGCAAGGCUGGCCACGACCUGGGUCCCAACUCCUCCCCACUUCCUACCAACGGGAUCAGCGGGAGCCCGGAGAGCUUCCCCAGCCCCGUGGAUGGCAGUGGGCUCUUGGGCUCUGAGGGCAGCCGCCUGGAAGCCGACGAGAAUGAGCAGCACAGCAGCAAGGUCCCUGUGAAUGCUGUGAGGCCGCACCCUAGCUCCCCAGGCCUGAGCCGACCCUCGGGGCCCUGUCUUCAGGCCAAGGUAGAUGAGACCCCAGGCCCCCCCCAUCCCAGGGCUCCAGCCCGCUGCUCCUUCAGCCCCCGGAACUCACGGCAAGAGGGCUCCUUUGCCCGCCAACGGAGCCCCUACACGCCCAAGGGCUCCGUGCCCAGCCCCUCACCGAGGCCCCCGGUGCUCGAGGCCACGCAGGUACCGUCCCCGCUGCCACUGGCCCAGCCGUCCACCCCUCCUGUGCGGCGGCUGGAGCUGCUUCCCAGUGCAGAGAGCCCGGUGCGCUGGCUGGAGCAGCCUGAGGGCCACCCGCGGCUGGCAGGCCCAGGCUGCAAGGCUGGGCUGCCCCCUGCCGAGCCGCACCUGCCCUGGGCAGGCUUCUCCCCGGACUCCUCCAAGGCGGACAGCGAUGCAGCCUCCUCGGGUGGCUCAGACAGUAGAAAGAAAAAGAGGUACCGGCCUCGAGACUACAUGGUAAACUUGGACGGGCAGGUGACUGAGGCAGGCGUCAAGCCUGUCCGGUUAAAAGAGCGCAAGCUCACCUUUGACCCCAUGACAAGACAGAUCAAACCUCUGACACAGAAAGAGCCAGUUCGGGCUGACAGCCCCGUGCACACGGAGCAGCCUCCCAGGACAGAGCUGGACAAGCAGGAGGCCAAGGCAAGCCUCCAGAGCCCCUUUGAGCAGACGAACUGGAAGGAGCUGUCGCGCAAUGAAAUCAUCCAGUCAUACCUGAGCCGCCAGAGCAGCCUGCUGUCAUCGUCGGGGGCCCAGACCCCAGGGGCGCACCACUUCAUGGCCGAGUAUCUGCGGCAGGAGGAGAGCACACGGCGUGGGGCCCGGCAGCCGCAUGUGCUGGUGCCCCACGAACCGCCAGCCGACCUCCCAGGGCUGGGCCGAGAGGUGACGCAGGAUGAUCUAGACCGACUGGAGGCCAGCCAGUGGCCAGGGGUGAACGGGUGUCAGGACACACAGGGUAACUGGUAUGACUGGACACAGUGCAUAUCGCUCGAUCCGCAUGGCGACGAUGGGCGUUUGAACGUUCUGCCUUACGUCUGCUUGGACUGAGGCCUGCGCCCAAAGCGCAUUCUCACCUUGCAGAGCCAGGCGGGCGGGGAGCGUGGGUCUCUGAGCCCUUCCCUCCACACUCUCCUUCUUUUGUGAAAUGCUGCUACCGGUUUACUAACACGAUUGCAAAGGAAGGACCGCGCAGAAGGAAGGACAAGGGAGUUCAGAACUCUGGCAACCAGCUCUGCAGGAGCUAGGCCCGCCUCGAGGAGGGAGUGGUACAGAUGCAGGUGGUCUGCAGCUGUGCCAGGCAGGGCCUCCGUGCACACGGGCGCAGGACAGCUGUGGGGAGGUUUCCUGUAACAGCGACAGAGGCACGCAUCUCAUGUCUUUCUUCCUUUUCUGUUCCUGAGCUCGGCCCGGUGUCUUUGAGACGGCGGGCUGGCCUCAGCCUCUGCUCUCUACCCAGCCCCUGUCUGUGAGCCGCUGGCAUCGGAUGGGUACGCCGGCCGGCCGGCAUACCCCACACUCCACAGGCACUCACCCAUUCCUGUCUGGUUUCGGUUGAAUCCCCAUUCUUAAAGAAAUGCUGCAGAAAUUUCAGUUUCCUCAAGUUUAUUCUCAUCCCCUCUUCAUGUGGCUACCAGCCAAAUACCUUGUUCCUCUCUUCCUGUCCUUUUUCCUUCUUGCAUAUGCCUAGGAAACUUCACCUUUCUAGACCCUCCCCAGCUACCAACAGCAAGGGCAAUGCUCCUAGUGCUGAGCUGCACGGAGGGUGAGGAGGGAGGCCUGUCUGCGCUGGGAACACUCAUAACCAUUCCUUUAGAUUCGUUUGCCUUAUGGUUAUUUGUCAUAAACGCGAUUUGCAAAAACAAGGAGCCUUAGUGAAUGUACAGUACCUAGACUUCUGUGUUCUCAGGAUACAGAAGGGAGCAACUUUGCUAUUUGGUCCAGUAAGUGGACACCUUGUGAUAUAAAUGUGGAAAUAAAAAAAAAAACAAAAAACACAAAACAUUUGCACAAACCAGUCUGAGAAUGGUUUCUCGUUUGGACCCUCCCAGCGGAAUCAGCCCUUUCCAGGCUCUGGCUGAGCCAGGAAGCCUGGACUACCCCGCACCCAGACCCCCAGUGGAAGAGGAGGGAUGGCUGAGCACCUGCUAGCUUGGGGUGACAGUUUGCAGGGCCACAUCAAGGUCGCUCAGACCUCUCCUGCCUUAAGGAGAAGCUGUUACAGGCAUUGAAGCUCAUGCCUGGCCAUUUUGUUUUUUUCCUCCAAAGUAUCUGGCUUCUUGGUGGAGCCACUAAAUACCUGGCUAAUGCCUUUUCCCCCUUAAUUGUAAAGUGCUAAUCUUUUUAGUUCUUUAAGAUUUUGGAAUUCUAGGGUUUC